CCCUGCCUAGGGUACUUGGUCCAGAACGCCUGAGAAGCGGAGUCGGAGACGUGGUGGAGGGAGGGCCCGCCGUGGCCGCCUGGAAGGACGGACGGACGGGAGGAGAGCUCUCCCGCUCCCGUUCUCCCUCCGGGCGGCCGCGGCGGGGACAGCAGGCGUAAGGGGCAGCUCCAGGUCAAGUUAUUUCCAGCCCAAGCCUGUCGUUAACAGCAUGGGGGAGCAGCCUAAGGAUCCCCAUGAAGAACCAGAAGUAAAAAGAGAAAAGAGCCCAGAAGACCACCACUGGCACUCUCGAAGCUAUACCCUUGGGGCCAUUUCCAGCUUCCUGUCUACAUUUGUGACCUUUCCCAUCUACAAGGUUGUGUUCCGCCAGCAGAUCCAUGCCGUGUCUGUACCACAGGCUGUCAAUCAACUGCACCAGGAGGGCCUUCGCCGCUUCUACCGGGGAAUCUACCCUCCCCUUCUGGCCAAGACCCUGCAGGGGACCCUGCUCUUCGGCACCCAUGACAACCUACUCCAAGCUCUCUCUCCUACUGGCCCCUCCAGGUUAUGGCAGCGCUUGGCCGGGUUCCUGUCAGGAGCCGUGGAAGCUGUAGUGCUGACCCCCUUUGAACGAGUGCAGAACGUGCUUCAAGAUGGACGGAAGGAUGCCCGAUUCCCCAGCACCUCCAGCAUUCUACGGGAAUUCAACUCAUACGGCUUAUGGGAACGGCUGGCCAUGGGCUACUAUCGGGGCUUCUUUCCGGUCCUCCUGAGAAACAGUCUGGGAAGUGCUCUCUACUUCUCUUUCAAAGAUCCCAUCCGAGACGGCCUGACAGAACAAGGUUUGCCCUGCUGGGUCCCAGCUCUAGUGUCUGGCAGUGUCAACGGGACCCUCACAUGUCUCCUGCUUUACCCACUCAGUGUCCUCGUUGCCAACAUGCAGUCACAGGUAGGUUGGCAGGAAGCACCAGGCCUGUGGGCUUGCGCUCAGGCUGUUUGGGAGGACAGGGGACGAAAGCUGCUUCUGAUCUACCGAGGUGGCUCUUUGGUCACCCUGCGCUGCUGUGUGACCUGGGGACUUACCACUGCUAUCCAUGAUUUCUUGCAGGAAAACAACUGCCCCAGGGUGGAGGAGAGUGACUGAGUAGCCCAGAGGCAUCCCAGAGAGUGUUGGGACUGUGUUCUUACAGCCUGGGUCUACAAUAGGCCAAUAACUCACCUCUGGGCCUGUUUGCUUCUUCUAGGCCUAGAGAACCAAGAGCAGUUAUUCAGUUAGGAGAUGAGAGAAGUCCCCAGCAAGUAGAUUAUCAGAUUCCUUAUCAUAUGGUAUUAGCUUCAAUAUGUCACUUCAGUCAUCACUGUGGGUGCUCUCCCCUGGCCUCAGUAGAUAGUCUUUAAGAUUUCCUCUAGCCAAAACAGUCAAUCACACUGCUGCCAACCUGGCAAUGGGCCUCUCGCCACGUAGCUAGAAUGGUUCUUCAGUGACAGGCCCCAGCUUGGUAGGAUGUUGGAAGAACCUGCAAGAACCCAGGCCCAUUGCCACGAGAGGAGGGCUCCAGGGAAGAAUGGAACUGACAUCCAUGUUAUCUUUCUGCUAUCAACAAAGCUACACAGCAUCCCUUGGGUCACAGAAGCAUCUCACCCCAUUCUAUCCACAGCUUCAGUUUCCUUAUCCUGACAUUGCCCUGGGCUUCUGCCCAACUUUCAGGGGCUGCCAGAAGGAAGGUUGUGCCCUGAGGUCUCGAGAAUUGUCAAGAAAGCAAUUGGGAAGAGUGAAAGGAUGUGAGCUUCCUCUCUACUUGUGGCAAGUCCAGCUGAGGGGCUGGGGAGCAAGACUCUCAGUUUCAAAAGA